AUGAAACAUAAAAUAGUUGACCUAUACCAGUUACUUUCUAAUAAACUUAAAGAAUAUGAAAUAAUCGAUGAAAAAAUUGGCGCGCUUACAGCCCCAGGAGAACAUUAUGGAUCUGUCAUAAUAAGUGUUGACUUAAAAGUGAAAUCAACAAACAACGGUCACGAAGAAAAAACUAUUAAUCUUGUUGCUAAACUGCUACCUGCGAAUGAAAUGCUAAGAAAAUGUUUUGGUGCACGGUUAAGUGUAACUGAAAGCAGUGAUCAAGUUGAUGAUACCGGUGUUUUAAUUUUUGAAAAUUUGAAAACUCAAAGCUUUUAUACUCACGAUAGAUUAAAAGGAUACGAUACAGAAGCAGUUAAAAUUAUCUUAAAAGAUUUAGCCAGAUUUCAUGCUACACCGAUUGCCUUAAAAUUGCUAAAACCAAAAGUUUUUCAAGACAAAAUUAAACCAUGUUUAGUUCGAAAUAAAGGUUUGGAACAAGUGAAGGAAAUAGCAGAAGUUUUUCAUAUGUCUAUCAUUGACGGAGCUAAAGAUUGUCCUGAGCUAGAACCGUAUCUAGACAGAAUCAAAAGUGCAUGCAAUCGUUUUACUGAUCCAAAUUUUGUCAGACCUCUACCUUCGGAACCAUGGAGCACUAUAUCACACAGUGAUUUCUGGACAAGUAAUUCCAUGAUGCUUAAAAAUUCUGAGGGAAAAUACGUACAAAGUAAAAUUUUAGAUCUACAACUCCUAACCUACAACUCUGCUCUUUGUGACUUGGUAUUUUUCCUUUUCACCAGUGUUAUAAAAGAAGAUUUGGAGAAAAAUUUUGACAAUUUUCUUAAAAUUUAUUAUGACAAUUUUAUAGAUACUGUAAAAGAUUUUGAUCUAGACGUGGAAUUAUUUUCCUGGGACAGUUUUAAAGAGGAGUUUGAAAAAGUUGGUCAAAACGAAGUUUACCACAUAUUGGUCAUGUUGAAACCGAUUUGUACCGAACGGGGGAUCGUACAAAAUAGCCCCCAAAAUUUUGUGGACUCUGAUUGGACCAGAAAAGAUUUACUUGGACCGAGUCAUCGACGAAAAAUAAGAAACACAGUCCUAGCUUUUAUUGAAAGAAAUUGGAUUUAA